AUGACAUCCACGAAAUCUUCUGCAAGGACGAAAGAGAAAGAGCAGGCUUCUGCGCCUGUAACUACGAAACAGCAGGCUCCUCCUCCUGUCCCGGCGAAAAAGAAAGCCUCCCCCCUCCCCCUAAAAAUCUAUCUAAUUCUCUACAACACCCUCUCCGCCCUCGCCUGGUCCUACAUCCUCUACCUCACCGCUUCCCACCUCCUCACCCCCGGCCCCGAAUCCACUUUAUCCACCCUCUUCGGUGCAUUCCGUAGUCCUACGAUCUGGGUGCCCUCGUAUAUCCCGCCUGGGCUCGUGCCGUUGUAUAAACGCGCGACGACGCUGUAUAGCGCUGCCGCGAGCCCCUUCGCGGCGGUGGGCAAGGUGGGGAAGGGGAAGACGGGUGGGCUGGGUGGAGGGGGAAAGGGGAAAUUGGGUGGGAUGGGCGCGGUGAAUGUGGGCACGGUGGUGAAGUGGGUGCAGAGCUGUGCGGUGCUCGAGGUUGCGCAUGUCCUCGCUGGGUGGGUGAGGAGUCCGCUUGGGACGACGGGGAUGCAGGUUGCGAGUCGGUUGUGGACGGUUUGGGGGGUUGUGGAGAGGUUUGAUGUGGCAAAACAAACUCCCUUCUUCGCCUCCCUCCUCCUCGCCUGGUCCCUAACCGAAUCCAUCCGCUACACCUACUACACCCUCUCCCUCCUCACGCCCUCCCCUCUCCCCACCCUCCCCUCCUUCAUCAUCUGGCUACGCUAUACGACGUUUUUCGUGCUGUAUCCGCUGGGCGCCGGGUCGGAGGCGAUGGCUGCGUUUGUUACGCUGCCGGAGUUUGGGUUGGGUGGAAAGGGAGGAGGAGGAUGGGGGAGGAGGAGGAUGGGGGAGGAGGAGGAUGGGGGAGGGAAGGGGGGGUGGGGGUGGGAGGCGGUGGGGAGGGCGGGGCUGUUUUUUGUUUGGUGGCCUGGUCUGUAUGUGAUGUAUACACAUAUGAUGAAGCAGAGGCGAAAGAUCUUCGGAGGGGCUGGAGGGGCUGGGAAGCGGUUGGGGAGGGAGAUGACCUCGGGAUUAUUUAGUUUCUGGAUUGAGAGCGGUUGGAUAACAGUGACACAGCGAGACAACGAAGACGAAAAGUUAUGGACGAAAGAACUUGAAAGAAAGGAAGAAACGAGGAAGAAGAAUCAAGACAAAGGGGGAUCUCUGGCGGCGACACAGACCGUCCACUGCACCAGAGGGGACCCAGCGGAACGAUAAGUAAAGGGCGAUGAAAGCAUAGAAGAAAAAAGAAGAGCACAAAGCAAGAGGAAUACAGGAGAUACAUGCAGCGAAAGCGACAGCGAUACAGGAUCUUGAUACAAAGCGAAAGGAAUACAGGAGAUAUGCGACGAAAGCGAGGCAAAACACAACGAUACAGGGCGAUGAAAGCAUAGGAGAACAAAGAAGCGUACGAAGCAAAAGGAAUACAGAGACAUAUGCGGCGAAAGCGAGACAAAGCACAGCGAUACAGGACCUUGAUACAGACAACAGACUUACAACGACGACGAUGACGACAACUCGUAGCCCUCACAGUAGUGUGGGUUCGUAGUGGUAGUGAAUAGAAAAGGUGGACAUAUAGGUGUAGCGGUGGUAGUGGUACUG